AUGGCCACGGGUGGGGGACAAGGUGGUGGGGACACGGUGGGGACACAGUCCGGCAUCGCUCAGUGCAUCCCAGACAAAGCCGGGGGCGAGAUCCGUAAGGCGCCGGGAUGCUGCCAUAAUCGCCUCCCGCCUCAGUCCUCGUGCCAAGUCCUCCUCCGUGAACCUCCUGAAAGGACUGUCCUAGAAAGUACUCAGAGAGACACCCUGAUGGCUCUGGUUUAUGGGGUUUAUCUACCAUCCCAGGGCAAGAGGAGGGGUUGUGGGGGCUCUAAUCAGGACAAAAAGGAUGAGAUGGCACAGCUCCGGCACCUGGGGCAGCUGAUUGCAACAAGCAGAUCUUCUGCAGCUGCAAAAACUGCCAGUGCUCCUUUUCAAAGGUCUCAGCAUCCCCAUGCUACCUCCUGCCGGCAUUUCCACCUGGCUCCCCAACCUCAGCUCUCCGCCGACUUCACCCUGCCUCACGCCGUGCAGCCCCAGCCAGGGUUGACCCCCCACAUGGCCCCCGCGCACCAGCACAGCGGCCCCCUGCACCAGCCCCUGGCACCGGUGCCAGCCCUGCCCUUCCAGGAUGUGGCCGGACCUUCCUUCCUACCUCAGGCGCUUCACCAGCAAUACCUCCUCCAGCAGCAGCUCCUCGAGGCACAGCACCGCCGGCUCAUGCCCCAUCCCAGGCGGGCUCAAGAGCGCGUGUCCAUCCAGCCUCACCGCCUACACCCCAGCUUUGACUUCAGCCACCAAUUGCAAACUCCACAACCCCUGGGGCCCCAGCCCAGGUAUUUAGCCGAAGGCACGGACUGGGACCUCAGCGUCGAUGCAGGACUGACUCACACCCAGUUCCAGGUCCGGCCGGUCCCUCAGCCCUAUCAGCAUUAUUUGGCUACGCCUCGGAUGCACCAUUUCCCCAGAAGCACAUCCUCGACACAGAUGGUUGUUCAUGAAAUCAGAAAUUACCCUUAUCCUCAGCUUCAGCUACUUGCUCUUCAGGGACUGAACCCAAGCAGGCACACGUCCGCUGUACGGGAGAGCUAUGAAGAGCUGCUGCAGCUGGAAGACAGACUGGGCAGCGUGAGCCGGGGAGCCGUCCAGAACACCAUCGAAAGGUUCACCUUCCCCCACAAGUACAAGAAGAGAAGACCGCAGGAGGGCAAAGCGGAGCAAGAGGAUGGAGAGGAGUCAGACACCGAUGAGAAAUGCACAAUCUGUCUGUCCAUGCUUGAAGAUGGAGAAGACGUCAGGAGGUUGCCCUGUAUGCAUCUCUUCCACCAAGUGUGCGUGGACCAGUGGCUGGCCACCAGCAAGAAGUGCCCGAUCUGCAGGGUGGACAUUGAAACACAGCUUGGCUCGGAUAGCUGAAAGGACUGGCUGGACACACCAUUUUUCCUUACCAGGUCGUAUGGCCAUAAAACCCUUGCAGCAAAAUUUUUUUGCCUUCUGAGCCAUUUGAUUGAGAGGAAAAGUCUGCAGGCACAUUAGUGAGGAAGAGGAGGAGGAGGAAGAGGUGGCGGUACAAUAUCUAGUGGUAGGAGAUAUUGCACAUAUGCAGGAUAUGGGCCCGGUAAAAGGGAGAUGAAAAAAAACCCCCCUGUGCUGCAGAAGAUAUUAGUGUUGAACAUGAAGGAGCUUGUGGUAGAGUCUGGCCUGUUGUCAAUCCUGCAUUUCACGGGGAUUGUAUAUAUACCUCUCGAAUACAUAGAACCAUGUUUAGGGGUCCUUUAGCUAUUUCUAUGGAUGGCAGCUGGAGCAUGUUAGCUUAAGAACUGUUGUGUUUGAUGCCCUACUCAUCUCGUGGUGGACAUGUUGCUGUUACCUAAUUUGCACCAAAUAUUUUUUCAUGGAUUCCUUAUUUUGGUGCCUGAUUAAUGCAUCACAGGGGGGAUGGGGAAUAAAGAGGUCAAGCUUUCCCAUCUUUUUUUGGGGUGGGAAGAGGCGAAAAAGCAAAAU